AUGCAAUUUCUAACUGCUAAAACUAUACUUUAUGCAAGAGUGAUUUUCCUCUUGGCUAUUGCCUUUUAUCUCGUCAAGGAUCCAGAAUUCUUAUCAACAUCAGGAUUUGUGGUAUUAUUAGGACAAGCAAUGCAAGUUCCAAUUUUACAUCUUGAUAAAACUAGUCCUGUUUUAGGUAUUGCAUCAAUAGCAUUUGGGUCAUUAGCCGUAGGCGAUGUCAUUCCAUUACUUGCUGAAAAUACUGUUUAUUUUGAAUCAGUUGUUCCUAUCAGAGUAGCUGGUUAUUUUAUUUUAGCUGGUUAUGUCUAUAUUGUUCCAACUUCAAUUUUCAGUAAUAGUUUAGUUGUUACAUUUGCAUUUUUUGAAAUUUGGUUAAAUUUCUUAAUCUAUAACAAUUUAAGAGAUGAAAAGUACUAUAACAUGAAAUCAUUUGUUGAAGAAAACGCUGAAGCUAUUCAAAGAGCUCAAGGUGAACAAGUUAGAGUUGUUGAAUUGGAUGACUGA